CGGCAAACGUCGCGAAUGCAGCAUUGAGCCAAAACGGUACAUCUAAAACACACGCGUUUCAAAACAUCGUAUAAUUAAAUACAUAUACGCUAAAAACAAAAUUACAAUUAAAUUGUAUUAAAUUAUGUGAAUUUAUAUUAAAAUAAAAAUUUAAUAAAAAUGGUGAAAGUAGUUAAUUUAUUUUAUUUUACAUUAUUUCUUUGUGUGCUGUCCAGUGAAGAAUCUCCUAAGGAUCAAGGAUCACCUAGAGCAUAUUUGAGUGAUUGUCCGGGUAUAACGAAAGAAGCUAUAAUCACGCCGAAGUCAUUAAAACAUCUCGGCAUUACGGUUUUUCGAUCGAAAAACUCAUUCUUGUCGAGGAAAAGAUACGGCUACAAGCAAAUGAAAGAGUUGGCAAGGGAUCCUAAUGUUAAUUUUAUGAAGAAAACGCUACUGUACUUCCCAGGUUAUCUUGACAGUCCAUCAUUUAUAUUCUCACCAGUAAUAGCGUCGGCUUAUACUAAACGCGGUUACAAUGUAUUAUCAGUGGACAUACAUUGGUUCGUGACCACUGAAUAUCCAAUCGCAUCUCGCCUUAGUCGUGCCCUGGGGCCGCAUAUAGCUUCAAUGGUGGUUGAACUCAUGAAGGAAGGACUCGACAUAAACAAAUUGGAUCUCGUCGGGAUCAGCUUAGGAGCUCAAGUCAUGAGCUUCGCCGCGAAAAGCUUCACAAACAUGACGGGAACCAAAUUUAAAAGAGCCACGGGCCUUGAUCCUACAGGGGUCUGCUUUAGGAACCUCGGCCCUGAGGACAGACUGGACUCGUCGGACGUAGAGUUCCUAGACGUGGUGUACACUAAUAUAGAUGGUUACGGUAUGGCUGCGCCCAUUGGACACAUCAAUUUCUAUGUCAACGGCGGAGAGUACCAACAAAGCAUACUAAUACCCAUAUUGUGCACAUUUUUAUGCAGUCACAUCAGAUCCUUUCUGUUAUGGGUGACAGCGAUUUAUCAUCCAAAAUCGUUUAUAGGAAUUCAGUGCGAUUCGGUAUACGAUGCCAGAAUAGGGAAUUGCUUUGACGGUGGUCCGAGAGAGACGAACGUACUAGGAUUGAAAGUUGAUAAAACUAAGCAAGGUAUAUUUUAUUUGGCCACAAAGAACACGUUCCCGUAUUAUUUAGAGGAAAAGGGUUUGGUGAAAGGAAGCGACUCGUUGUCGCAGUAUUUCUUAGAUGUCAACAAGGAAGAUGUGUUAAGGUUUAAAUAAAUUAUUUUGGGCAAA